GGUGGGUUUUUCUGGGCAAGGUUUGUAUUUUGUGGGUAAUAGUUUUGAUUCAUGUCAGUGGGCACAGUGGUGGUUGCUUGGAAGGAGAGAGGAGGGGUCUAUUGGAAUUCAAGGACUUCCUCAAAUCCAACGGUGCUGAUGCAGACCAUCUCCUCCCUACCUGGAUUGAUGAGAAAGCAGAUCAUCACAGCGAUUGCUGUGAUUGGGAGAGAGUCACGUGUGAUCGCACCACAGGACACGUGACAGAGCUCUCUCUGGAUAAUAUAAUAUAUGUAUCAUAUGCCGAUUCCAUGAUUUGGUUCAUAAAUGCCUCCCUAUUCCUUCCUUUCAAAGAGCUCCGAAGUCUCAAUUUGAAUAAAAAUCCAUUCAGUGGUUGGACUCACAAUGAAGGAUUUGAAAGAUUGUCAAAUUUGAGGAAGCUGGAGAUGUUGGAUCUGGGUUUCAAUCACUUUGAUGACAAUAAUAUCUUCCACUCUUUGGGUGCUCUCACUUCAAUUAAGACUUUGAUUAUCCGUCACAAUGCCUUGGGAGGAUACUUCCCUGCACAUGGCAUGUUUCCGUCCAUUCAUUUUCAUAGGGCGUCCAUAAUUCUCUUUCCACGCAGUUUCUUUUUAAUUAUAUAUAUAUAUUCUUGGCGCAGAAUUAGUAGCAUUGAGAAACUUGGAAACAUUGGAUAUAGGCGGCAAUCUUUAUCAGGGCUGUCUCCCAAUGCACGGUUUUGAAAAGCUGUCGACUUUGAGAAAAUUGGAGACUCUAAAUCUUGAAUGGAACGAAUUUGAUUAUAGCAUUCUGCCAUCUUUGAGUGCACUUAGAUCCCUUAAGAUGCUUAAUCUCCGUGCAAAUAAAAUUGGGGGAUUAUUUCCACCUCAUGAAUUAGCUUAUUUUGGAAACCUGGAAAGGUUGGAUCUAAGUUAUAAUCAAUUUAAUGACAUCCAAGGUUGUGAGAGUUUAUCGAGAUUGCAAAAGCUAGAGACGUUAUAUCUUGGAGUAAACCAGUUCAACAAUAGGAUCAUUCUAUGUUUGAGUUCAUUGAUAUCUCUCAAAAACCUUUCUCUUUACGGAAACAACUUGGGGGAUCUCUUUCCUGCCCGAGAAUUAGCGGUGUUGAAAAACUUGGAGACUUUGGAUUUAAGCCUUACUGAGCUUAGUUCCCUAACAAUGCAAGGUACGACUUAA